UUAACAACCUCACUAAAUCCUGCAGGUCGUCGUUACAAAGGCAGGAUGGAAGAGGACCCGCGAUCAUCGAAUCGGAAUUCCAAAACAGAGUCGGCUCAACUCAUGAAAACGUUGCUGGAGAGAAGAGCAGUCGGGGGGCAGGUGGACGAGUCUGCAGACUGUAAGGUGGCGACUGUCAACUGGGUGGCGAGCAAAGACUUCUCAGUCGACAUGGGGCUGAAUCAGAUUGGGGAGUAUAUUCAAACGUGGGAGAUGCAGCACGGCUGGAGUCACAGCCUGCUCUUCCUCUCCUCGACCGAGGAGGAGCAGCACACCUUCCACCACUACCGGGCCCGCUUCAGUACGACGACCUCGCGGAGACCGAUUCAGGAGACAGCUAGCGUCUAUUUCGUCGCGGUCGUAUCUAAAGUCAACCCCCAGACUCUGCCCGUGGAGGUGCACUUCGUGGUGGAGUCGAACCGUCUGGUGCACACAGCCGGGAGCACCAGGUUCAGAGAAAAGUGGCUGGCGGACGUCAUCGAGAGCAAGGCGUCGCUCCUAAGAGAGGUGGACCUUUGGUCGACGUUAGACACCGAGGAACCGCCUGGAAGAAGAUGUCUGGAUCGUGAAGUUGAUCAGACAGAAUGUCUUUGAAUUCCCUGUUGCUCCAGUCCAGUGUUUGCCAUCAUGCUGCUGGCCAGCCUCAACAUUAGAUAUAUCUCUACUAGAGCUACAAUUAAAACAUGGACUAUUACCAUUGUUAUUAUUCAAUCUAUGUUGUUGUUGUGCAUGAAUUUAACCGGUUUAGUGUUAGCAUUGCUGGACAUGAGUAUGGGCUUGAAUUUGUGUCGACAUCUUGCAGUAAUUUACCAGUUAAUGUUUCAGUGUUCUCAUAAAUAAAACGCCCAUUACGCAUGAAAGAAUAGCUGAGACACGGUGCUUGAUGCCUGUUUAAACAUAACCUUUGUACAGAGUGCAACACCUUCUUUUAUUCAUGGAGGAAAUAGGAUUUUCAAAAUAAAUCUGCAAUAGAAAAAGCAGUUAAGACAUGAAGCUGAAAUUUCUUUUCACAUACAGAGAAACAUAAUACCAGGCUAUACAUCGUCCACUGACGUGUUUGAUGAAUUGUGUUGUACUGUUCUGUAAAUGUUACUUAUGUAAUUAAAAUGUAAACUGCACAACU